AUGCCACCACCUUCUAAGACGGUGCAGCGAGACUCGUUCGCCUUGGCGGUGUUUAACGCCUACAAGUCGAAUAGGUCUCUCUUAUUGAAUGCCUCCUAUAUCCUUUUGAUCACGGCGGCCUUCUCUGGUGCAACCAAUAGCUCUUCUGGCAGUCGGAAGAAGAAGGACCCCGCCGCAGAUGAGUUGGACCCAGAAAAGCAGAAAACUAAGCCCAAGCUCACUAGAGAGUCGCUCCGGAAGCUCCUCAAGUCCGCCAUCCCUUCUUAUGUGAACCCGGUGGUGGGAUACUUUGUGUCUCACUUGGUGCUCUUGGUCUGCCGUGCCAUUUUGACCAUCAAGGUGGCAAACUUGGACGGUUUGCUUGUGGGUGCAUUGGUCAGUAAGAGACUCAAGCGUUUCGGAAAGCUUUUGGCAUUCUGGAUGCUUCUUGGUUUCCCUGCCUCUUUCGUCAAUGCCUUGCUUAACUGGACCAAGGAUAAGAUGCGCCAGCACUUGCGUAUGAACUUGAACAACGGUAUCAUUGAGGACUACCUCCCCGACAACUUGGACCCCAACUACUACGCCUUGAUUCAGUUGUCUGAAAGCAAGAUCAAGGACCCUGAUCAGAGACUCUCUACCGAUGUCUCCAGAUUGGCCUCCGCCAUGGCAAGUCUUCCCGGUCAGCUUCUCAAGCCUACUUUGGACAUGCUUCUUUGUGCCAAGGAACUUUCCAGAAGUGGUGUUGGCAGUGGUGAGGGUACCCUUGCCCUUGGUAUGUUGGCUCACUUCUCCACCAUCGUAUUGAGAUUCUUCUCGCCACCAUUCGCCAAGUUGGCAUCUGAGAAGGCUAACUUGGAGGGACAGCUCCGUUCUGCUCACUCCAAGAUUGUUUCCAACAACGAAGAAAUUGCCUUCUUGCGUGGUCACGACCGUGAGCUUGACUACAUCGACCUCUGCUACUACCAGCUUGAACGUUUCUUGAAGAUGGAGUACUGGAAGCGUGCUAUCCAUGAAAUCGCUCAAACAUUCAUCGUCAAGUACUUCUGGGGUGCUGCCGGUUUGGUCUUGUGUUCGGCACCAGUCUUCAUCAACAAGUACUUGGGCAAUGACCCUGACCCCAAUGCUGCUGGUGACUUCAUCACAAACAGAAGAUUGUUGAUGAGUGCAUCAGACUCGUUGGAUAGAUUGAUCUACUCUAGAAGAUUCUUGCUCCAAUUCGUUGGUCACGCAACCAGAGUCACCUUCCUUCAGGAUGCCUUGAAUAGCAUCAAGGACAGGAAGAAGUCUACCCCACAAGAAGAUGAGAAGAAUGUUAAUUUCGGUGACGAAAUCACCUUCGCUGACGUCAGACUUGUCACUCCAGCUGAUGUGACGUUGGUCGAAAAGCUUAACUUCAGCAUCAAACCAGGCCAGCAUUUGUUGAUUGCCGGUCCUAACGGAUGUGGUAAAUCUUCCAUGUUUAGAAUGUUGGGAGGCUUAUGGCCUUGCAAGUACGGUAAAAUCACAAUCCCAACGAGUGACAACAUGUUUUACUUGCCUCAAAGAGCUUACCUCUGCAGAGGUUCUUUGAGAGAACAAAUCAUAUACCCACACACCCGAGAGCAGUUCAAGAAAAACAAGCAUGGAAAGACCGAGAAGGACCUUGAGGAAAUUCUCAGAAUUUUGGACUUGAGCGAUAUCUUGCCCGAGAACAAGGACUGGGAUAUUGUCAAGAAUUGGAACGAGGAGUUGUCCACCGGUGCUCAGCAGCGUUUGGCUAUGGCUAGACUCUACUACCACCAGCCAAAAUUCGCCGUUCUUGACGAGUGUACAUCUGCUGUGUCCCCAACAAUGGAACAAUUCAUGUACAAGCAUGCUCAAGAGAUUGGAAUCUCUUUGCUUUCCGUUGCUCACAGACCCGCUUUGUGGCAUUUCCACAACCGUUUGCUCAAAUUCGAUGGUAAGGGCAACUACUACUUCGGUGUUUUGGACGCUGAGCGUCGCUUGAAAUUCGAGGAAGAGAGAUUGCAACUCGAGAAGAACCUCAGAGAUGUGCCAACCUUGAGAGACAGACUUCAAGAGCUCAAGACUGUCUCCAAGUCUCAGCAUAUCAGAUACGACAACUCUCAUCGUGACUUGGUUGAACUUGGCAGAAAGGAGGCUACUCAAGAAUCCAAGCCUGCGCAGCCAAAGGAAGAGCCAAAGGAAGAGCCCAAGGAGGAAUCCAAAGAGGAGCCAAAAGAGGAACCCAAGGAGGAACCUAAGGAAGACAAGUCCAAGACUCAGCCAAAGAAAGUCGACGAGAAAAAGAAGAAGAAGAAGUCUGGGAAGAAAUAA